AUGGAAGGAGGCGUCAUGGAUAGUCCUGAUGAGAGCCUCAUCAGGACUGACAGCGAGGAGAUCGCGCUUCAUGGAUUGUGCAGCCCGAAAAGACCUCUCUAUAGGUUUUCAGGUCUUGCACUCAUGUGUCUUCUCGGAUUUGGAUCGUACUUUUGCUACGACAAUCCCGGCGCGCUGCAGGAUAAUUUCAAGAGUGAUCUGCAAUUAUCAACUAGUAGAUUUGUUUUACUUUACUCGAUUUACUCCUGGCCGAACGUGAUUUUCUGUUUCAUUGGAGGAUUUUUAUUGGAUAGAGUUUUUGGAACUCGAUUAGGCACUAUCAUUUACAUGGGACUAACCCUAAUUGGUCAGAUAAUUUUUGCAACUGGAGCCACUAUGGAUAUGUUCUGGCUGAUGAUGGUCGGAAGAUUCGUAUUUGGAAUUGGCGCCGAGUCUCUUGCUGUCGCUCAAAACAACUAUGCCGUGUUCUGGUUUAAAGGCAAAGAAUUAAAUAUGGUAUUUGGACUGCAAUUGAGUUUUGCCCGUGUAGGGUCAACCGUCAACUUCCUAGUGAUGGAGCCGAUCUACAACUAUGUUUCCCAGUACUACAAAGGUCCACAAUGUAUUGGCGUCGUUCUCUUUCUAGCUGCUUUGACUUGUGUGGGCUCGAUGAUUUGCGCCUGUCUGCUGGCCAUCAUGGAUAAACGAGCCGAAAGUUUAUUAAAACGAGGACAAGGUCAGGAAAAAGAGGUAGUUCGAAUAACGGACGUUAAAGACUUCAAAGGUGUAUUUUGGCUAGUGACGAUAGUCUGCAUCGCUUACUAUGUCGCCAUUUUUCCGUUUAUCGCCCUGGGAAAGGUCUUCUUUGAACGCAAAUAUGAAUAUGAGCCAGCAGCAGCUAACACAGUGAACUCUCUAAUUUAUUCGAUAUCGGCAAUUGCAUCACCAGUUCUUGGAUAUGUUGUCGACAGAACUGGAAAAAAUGUCAGCUGGGUUUUUAUUAGCAUAUGCAUAACGAUGCUGGCGCACGGAUUGCUUGCCUUCACUUAUGUCAAUCCCUACAUUGGUAUGAUUACUAUGGGAUUGUCCUAUUCGAUGCUGGCUAGCAGUCUCUGGCCCUUGAUCGCUCUGGUGAUACCAGAGUAUCAAUUAGGCACGGCUUAUGGCAUCGCUCAAUCUAUCCAGAAUUUGGGUCUGGCUGUUGUAUCUAUAUUAGCUGGGAUGAUAGUUGAUGCUGGUGGUUACUUCAUGCUGGAAAUAUUUUUCCUCGGCUGGCUUUGGAUUUCCCUGAUCACCACUAUGGCCAUUUGGAUGUUGGAUAUCGCAUCGACCGAUGGGUACCUCAAUAUGACACCAGGUCAGCGAGAAAAGUAUGACGAAUGUCGUAAAACAACCGAUUCCUUGGAAAGAGAAAAACUAUUAUCCGGAGACUCAACUUCUGAUCUGUCAGCCGAUGAUCUUUUACAACCGCAUUCUGAUAUUCAUAUCCGCAAUAGAUAUCUUUCUCGCAUAGGUGCACCGUUGCCAAUACAUGCGAAAGGACCAACGUAUCGAGCGCUUCGAUGAUGCUCGGCAUUUGAUCUUGAACAUGUUGAUGACUCCUAAGUCAGUUAAUGGACAUUGAAAAUGUCUCGGGAGAACUUGCUCACUGUGUCUUCCCGUUGCACAGCGUUAAUCUGUGAUAAGUUUGUUGAUAAGUGAAUUUAAAUGAUAAAUAGAAAAAAAAUAAAUGUUACGGACAAAUCGAGCGGUGAUUUCCUAUGACUGAUAGAGAUGACGAGAGACUAUACAAAGAUUUCCCUCCAUCGAGGAUACUCUAUAUUUUUAUUCAGAGAUAUUUAUUGACGCAAUUCGUUUAUUAUUUUUUAUCAGAGAGGCAAUCACCCAAAUCAUACGCGAUUUCAUAUUU